CUCAUCUGCCUGAUAACUCUAUAUUACUUUACUACAAUCACCACUCAACCACUUCUCCAACCCAACUCCCACCUCAAUCACCAUGUCGUCUUACGAGAACACUCGCGAGGAGACAUUCGUGAGGAGGCCCUCAUCUCAUACACAUCACCAUCAUCAUCAUCAUCAUCAUCAUCAUCAUCAUCCUCAUCAUUCUACCCGCUCCAAUUCCUCACCAACUCCCACAAGCUUGUCUUCUACUACAUAUGCAUACGUCUCAUCCUCAUCCUCAUCACCCUCACAGAACACACAGAACCUCAACCACAUCAUAAUCUACCGCACCAGACACCCCUUCCUAACCACCACCGCCACUUCUUCUUCUUCUCCUUCUGACAACCAACAGACCUCCGGCCAAGACACCACCACCGGCGGGACUACCUUCCCCGGUGACGAGCAGGUCCCCAAGGAUCAAACCACCACCGACACCUCGAAGAAGGACGAGUCGUCCUCCAAGGACUCCAAGGACGAGUCCUCGAAGGACCAGAAGCCCGAGGAGACGGAGGCUUCGACUACUACUGCUUAUAGCAAGAAGAAGUACCAGUCUGGUUAA